CAAUGGCAGAUAAGACAAAGAAGAAGCUCCACACUGAAGCAACAGAGAACCACUCUCCAAGAGUACUGGGUUUGAAGAGCUUCUUCAGUUGCAAACACCACCAUGGAUGCACUCGCUCUAUCUUCAACUUGAAAGACCACACCAACACUAACAACAACCUUGUGGAGAGUCCUAAGAAGAGAGUCUCAAUGGGGAGUGGAAGCAGAAGCAGUUCAAGUAGGUCCUUGAAAGCUCCUCUGAGUGAAAUCAAUGGUGGUUCUUUCAGAGGGAUGCAUUUGAGAAGGCUUUCUGGUUGUUAUGAAUGUCAUUUGGUUGUUGAUCCUUUGAACAAUGGCUUUUCUAAAGUCCCUUCUUUAAGGUCCACCAUUUCCCCUUGUCCUGACUGUGGAGAAGUCUUCAUGAAAGCAGAGAGUUUAGAACUUCAUCAAUCUGUUAGACAUGCAGUGACAGAGUUGGGAGUUGAGGACACAAGUAGAAACAUAGUGGAGAUUAUUUUCCAAUCAAGCUGGUUGAAAAGACAAGGAUCAAUGUGCAAGAUAGAGAGGAUUCUCAAGGUACAAAACACACAAAGAACAUUAACAAGGUUUGAAGAUUAUAGAGAUUUGAUUAAAAGUAAAGCUAACAAGCUUGCAAAGAAGCACCCAAGAUGCAUUGCUGAUGGGAAUGAGCUCUUGAGGUUUUACUGUACUAGUAUCAAGUGCUCACUUGGUAUCAAUGGUUACACAAACUUGUGUGAUUUGAUACCUCAUUGUAGAGUUUGUAGCAUUAUAAGAGAUGGAUUCAAGACAGAUAGUUUUGGCAAGAUUAGAACAAUGGCAACAAGUGGAAGAGCUCAUGACUGUUUCGAGAAUUCGACGGAGAAUGAUGAGAGAAGGGCAAUGCUGGUGUGCAGAGUGAUUGCAGGGAGGGUGAAGAAGAGCCAGGAUGGAAUGGAGGAGUGUGAUUCUAUUGCUGGUUUGGCUGGGAUUUAUUCAAACUUGGAUGAACUAUUUGUGUUCAAUUCUAAGGCAAUAUUGCCUUGUUUUGUUGUGAUUUAUGAAGGGUUCUAAUUAAGUUCUAAGGUUGAUUAUUAAUUAUAUGUGGAAAGUUUUGUUCUGUAAAACAGGAACAAUUUCUGUGAAUGACUUUGUGUUGUGGUGUUGUGUAUAUGUU